AUGCAGUUUGGGCAAAAAGGACAGUUAACGUCGAUCCUGUUGAUUGGCGGCAUCCUGCUGAUGAGCCUGGUUUUGGUGGAGGGCAAGGAUCCGAGUGGCCAGGAUGCGCCGCAUAUACGACACAAGCGCGGAAUCUUCUGGGACUUCUUUCAGAAAAUGGUCAUCACCAAGAAUCUCAUAGUGGAUCAAUACACAGAUACGCGCAACACUCUGAACGACAUCUACAAUACUGUCAAUGAGCAAUUCAGUGAUCCAGGUCCCGAAAAACCCACCAUUCGUCCCAGGGUGACAACGGAGAAAACUUCUAUUAGUGGCGAGGAGAGUGGCAGUAAUAGCGAGGAGCCCACGACUACGGAGGCCUUCCAGAUCUCCCGCUAUGAACUGGGUCGCAUUCUGGGCAGGAACUUCCGGGGCCUUCAAAAGUUGGCCAUGAGCGAGUUCAGCACGGCUCUAAACGCCACCAAGUACAAUCUGGCUGAGUACAAAUCCGAGGCAGAUAAACAGUUUGCCAACAGUUUGGCGGUGGAGAAGAAGAACAAGCUGAAGAGUCUCACGGGCUGAGCCACGCCCCCUUUUCCCAGUGCCUAAUGAUAGUUAUCUCUGUGAUAGGCUGAUGACUGCAUAUUUUCCGCAUUUUUUUUUCUUUGCUUAUUUAUUUGUUCGCAUCUCGGCAACUAUAUCGAAUAAAAAGCGGAUGUGGAUGCGGUUGGGAAAGUGUCCCCAAACGCAUACGGAUUCGUGUCUACGAGUAUUGUGUGUCAAAUUAAAAAGUUUUCUGUCAUAAUUUUAUUGAUAAACUUUUAAGUUAAAAAAGAAGCAGCAGCACCCAAAAAAAAAAAAAAAAAAAAACGAAAAACAAACACUGAAGCGGAUGAGAGUAACAGAAAGGACAAGUAUGAAAAUGAAAACAUUGGGAAACGGAAAAGCUGCUGGCUAAAACUAUACACAAAUUGAAGUUCUGUUGUGUUUUUUUUUUAGGUUUUCUAUGGGUUUAUUUAUUAGUCUAGUUUAAAUAGAAUUCAAAAUAUAUGUGUAAUGGAAAACGAAUUGAAAAUAAACUUUAAGACUUAUAACGCACAAAUAUACGAUUCAAU